CUCUCAGAUCAGUUCAGAUCAGUCAGUUAGAACUCGGUCCCUGAGAGCAGCUCUCAGAUCAGUUUAGAUCAGAUCAGGUGGAACCCUGUCUGUCCCUGACAGCAGCUCUCAGAUCAGUUUAGAUCAGAUCAGGUGGAACCCUGUCUGUCCCUGACAGCAGCUCUCAGAUCAGUUUUGAUCAGGUCAGGUGGAACCCUGUCUGUCCCUGACAGCAGCUCUCAGAUCAGUCAUGCUCCGUCCUGCCAGCAGACUCCAGCUGCUCGCGCUCCUUGCGCUCCUGCUGCUGAGCACGCGCAGCUCAGCUGUUCACAACGCCGCCACAGAGUCCGGACACACUGAGCCGGCCCAGGACACUCAGGACAAGCCGGCGGAGGAGGACUCGAACCGGCCGAGGCACGGAGGGAGGCGGCUGGGGGACGCUGUGCGGAACGGCACAGAGCAGAGCCAGAUGGGCUGCAGGGAGCUGAGGUCCACCAAGUACAUCUCUGACGGCCAGUGCACCAGCAUCAACCCUAUCAAGGAGCUGGUGUGUGCUGGGGAGUGUCUGCCGUCCCACCUGCUGCCCAACUGGAUUGGGGCUUACACUGGGAGGCACUGGAGCCGCCGCGACUCCCAGGAGUGGCGCUGCGUCAUUGACCGGACCAGGAGCCAGCGGAUCCGGCUGCAGUGCCAGGAUGGCAGCUCCAGGACCUACAAGAUCACGGUGGUGACCUCCUGCAAGUGCAAGCGCUACUCCAGACAGCAGAAUGACUCAGGACACAAGGACACAUCUGUCCACAGUGGGAAAGAGAGGAAACAUCAGAGGAAGGCUGCACUGCCUGAGGAGACGGCCGCAAGGCAGUCUGACAACUAACAAAUAUUUAAGAGCCAAGCCAAAUAGAGGUCAAAGUCAGUAGUGUGUGGUUUGUCUCUAAACGUAGAUUAUUGUGACAUAGAAAACAGUUUUAGUUCAGAUUAGUCUGUAGCUCAAAACACAGUUUAAAAGGAAGAAACAGAUAUUUGCUUUCUUUCAGACUCAUGUGUGUGUGUAAGGUACCAACCUGGAGUCAGGAUAUGGUUAGCCUAGCUUAGCAUAUAAUCUGCAGGGGAAAACAGCUUGCCCAGCUCUGUCCAAAGUUUAAAAAUACACCGUACAGUAGCAACACCUCGAAAAC